GCUAACUCCGCUUCCAGCGAGCGUGCAGCGAUUGCGGCUUCUGGCUUGCUGCGCGUGUGGCGCUGUCGGCGGUUCGUUUGGCAAUCUCUCUUGUCGUCGUGGUAGUGCCACGGUGAAGAACGGAGUGGCAGCUUCGGCCUAGGCUCGUGAGCUGAUGGAAUCUGCAGCCGAGAAGGAAGGGCCUCUGGGAGGAGGUCCCCAGACGGUAGCCGAGGGGGCGCGGCCGAGGCCUGCGGCCGGUGGGGAGGGAGCCAGGGACUUAGAUGGGAGCCCCGAAGCUGGCGAUGGAGAGGAGAGGAACGGACUGUCAGGAAUUAAGGCCACGGAGGAUGCGGAGGAUGUAAAGACGGACUUAGCUGUGGUGAAGCAGGAAGUAGUAGAUUGGUCGGAUUUAGACGGUGGCGUUUCGGAGAGCCACUGGGCGAAGCCGGAGGUGGAGGGCGGGCCCGAGGUGAAGGAUGAGAAAGGCGUGUUGGAGGUGAAGCAGGAGGCGGAUGGUAGCCUGGUGGUGAAAGAAGAGGAGGUGGAUGAGCCAGAAGUAAAGGAAGAGGAAGUGAAGGUGAAGGAGGAGGUAACGGACUGGGAAGAAGUGCAGGAGGAGGACUUGAACGUAAAACACGAGUUGUUUGUUGGUCAGAACGUAAAGGAGGAGCAGGUGACGGAUGGAGUGCCUGUAAAAGAAGAGGAUUGCCUCAAGAGAGAAGCGAUGGAAGACACGAAGGUGAAGCAAGAGCCUCAGAGGAAUCCCCGAGUGGGCUGCAAGAGGAAAUUGGCUAUGUCAAGGUGUGAGACUUGUGGGACAGAAGAAGCGAAGUACAGAUGUCCACGCUGCCUGCGAUAUUCCUGCAGUUUACCCUGUGUAAAGAAACACAAAGCUGACCUGACCUGUAAUGGAGUCCGGGAUAAGACUGCUUACAUUUCGCUGCAGCAGUUUACAGAGAUGAAUCUCCUGAGUGACUAUCGAUUUUUGGAAGACGUGGCAAGAACAGCAGACCAGGUUUCAAGAGAUACCUUCUUGACAAGACCAAAGCGCAAAAAAUAUCUGUUGUUUAUGAAGAAUCGUGCCCGAAAACAAGGUAUUCACUUGAAUCUUCUACCCAGUGGAUUUAGCAAGAGGAAAGAGAAUUCAACAGUUUUUGAUCAUAGGAAACAGCAGUUCUAUUGGCAUGUGAAGCUCCAGUUUCCUCAGAGCCAAGCAGAAUAUAUAGAAAAAAGAGUACCAGAUGAUAAAACUAUUAAUGAAAUUCUAAAACCUUACAUCGAUCCUGAAAAGUCUGACCCUGUGAUUCGUCAGAGAUUGAAAGCCUACACACAGUCACAGACCGGGAUCCAAAUUUUAAUGAGGGUCGAAAAUAUGCAGCAAAAUAUGAUAAGGUAUCAUGAACUGGAUCCUUACAAAAGUCUUUUAGACAACUUGAGAAACAAAGUGAUCAUUGAAUACCCAACUUUGCACGUGGUGUUGAAAGGAACUAAUAAUGACAUGCAGCUUCUUCACCAAGUGAAAAAUGAAUCUGCCCAGCAGCUUGGCAAUGGAAAUUAAGCACUGUGGAAGAAGGUGGACAUUCCCCGAGGGUUGAGAAGACUGUGUGUCACUGGACUGCUGGGUGACUGAGUCUGUCGGGUGCUGUGGUGUUUGUCUAAAAGAAUUAAACAGCAUAAACUUUUUCGGGGG